CACUCUGCCCUAUUGCGUGAGACCCACACCGUUCUGAAACUCCGUGCAUCGCCCUGCAAACAAGUGGGUGAGUGAGUCUAAAUUCUCAGUGACACCAGGGUAACCAUCACCACGGAAACAUACCAUCCACCUCACCACUGUGUCCCCAAAUCACCAGAUGUUUUCGGUACCACAGUAAGAGUCAUGUCAGACAAAGGAGGAGAGAAGGCGAGACUGGUGAGGAAGGAGGAGGCGAGUCCAGCAUCACAGGCCAUUCAGAACAAAGGAGUUCCCUGUGCACCAUGUUGCCACAAGGUCGCCAUGGCGGUUCCUCCUGCAUACUCGGACCUGGGAAAAGCAGCCAAAGACAUCUUCGGCAAGGGCUAUGGCUUUGGAAUCGUGAAACUGGACCUAAAGACAAAGGCCCAGAGUGGAGUUGAGUUUUCAACCUCAGGCUCCAGUAACACAGACACAGGGAAGGCAGCAGGUAACCUGGAGACCAAGUACAAGGUUAAGGAGCUGGGCCUGAGCUUCACCCAGAAAUGGAACACAGACAACACCCUGGCCACAGAGGUCUCCAUGGAGGACCAGCUGGCUAAGGGCUUGAAGCUGGGCCUGGAUACGUUGUUUGUGCCCAACACUGGUAAGAAGAGUGCCAAGCUGAAGACUGGCUACAAGCGUGACUUCAUCAACUUGGGCUGUGACCUGGACUUUGACAUGGCCAGCCCCACGGUCCACGCUGCUGCUGUGCUGGGCUACGAGGGCUGGCUGGCCGGGUACCAGAUGGCUUUCGACACAUCCAAGUCUAAACUGGCCCAGAACAACUUUGCCUUGGGAUACAAGGCUGGGGACUUCCAGCUCCACACCAACGUUAAUGAUGGUACAGAGUUCGGCGGCUCCAUCUACCAGAAGGUGAACUGCCACCUGGAAACAGCCAUCAACCUGGCCUGGACGGCCGGCAGCAACAACACACGCUUCGGCAUCGGAGCCAAAUACCAGCUGGACAAGGACGCUUCCCUGUCUGCCAAAGUCAAUAACGCCAGUCUAAUUGGAGUCGGCUACACACAAGCCCUCCGGCCAGGAGUGAAGCUGACUCUCUCAGCUCUGAUUGAUGCGAAAAACUUCAAUGCAGGCGGUCACAAGGUUGGCAUGGGCUUUGAGCUGGAGGCAUAAGGAUGGAGGGAAGAGCAGUGGAUGAGAGAAAAGGAAAAGAGCCUCAAUGACACCUGACACAUCUCCACCUCUGUAUGCCACACACACACACCUCCCAAGUCUUUUGGUCAUAACCUGCAGCCCCUGGCACCCUCUGAGACCUCCAGUACUGUUGAAGCCAGUUGUUUUUUUUGGUUCACCAUCUCUCAUCUCCUUAGCAAUACCAGCACACCCCCUAUUCACCAGAUCGUAUACUACUUAUGACUACUUCAUAUAGGGCUCUGGUCCAAAGUGGUGUAGUAUAGGGUCACAAGUCAACCUUGUGUUCCACUUCCUCCCCAAAAGCAGACAUUUCUCAUUUUCUUUGUGAGAUGGGUUCGUAAGCACCUUUUUAGUAGGGUUUUAUUGUGUGGUAUAAUUUCACUUUGCCUGAGAUCAUGUAUUUAAUUUACUUUUGACUUGAAUGAGAUUGACAGACUUUGUCUCUCAAAGCCAGUAGGGCCUUGUUUUGAAGGAACAAUUUAUUUUUUAAAUGUCAUGUUCCCCUGUCCCAGACGUGUGUGUGUACAGUGCCUUGCGAAAGUAUUCGGCCCCCUUGAACUUUGCGACCUUUUGCCACAUUUCAGGCUUCAAACAUAAAGAUAUAAAACUGUAUUUUUUGUGAAGAAUCAACAACAAGUGGGACACAAUCAUGAAGUGGAACGACAUUUAUUGGAUAUUUCAAACUUUUUUAACAAUUCAAAAACUGAAAAAUUGGGUGUGCAAAAUUAUUCAGCCCCUUUACUUUCAGUGCAGCAAACUCUCUCCAGAAGUUCAGUGAGGACCUCUGUAUGCCACACACACACACCUCCCAAGUCAGUUUUUGAUUUGUUAAAAAAGUUUUGAAAUAUCCAAUAAAUGUCGUUCCACUUCAUGAUUGUGUCCCACUUGUUGUUGAUUCUUCACAAAAAAAUACAGUUUUACAUCUUUGUUUGAAGCCUGAAAUGUGGCAAAAGGUCGCAAAGUUCAAGGGGGCCGAAUACUUUCGCAAGGCACUGUAUGUGUGUAUAUAUAUAUACCUUUCUGUGGGCGGAUGGUCACUUUCAGAGCAUACUGGAAUAAAAUGGGUAGUUUAGAACUCUAAUAAAAAUAGGGGACUGGUUGAUUUUCUUUUUCCAAAUUCUCUUGUGGUUGAGUUUUGAGAAGAUGGAUGCAUGUGUGGGUAUUUUCAAAAGCUGUCAUGUUUAUUUUUUUGUCUUUUCAUCUUUUAAUUCUUCCACAUUAUGUAAUGUUGUGUCUGUGCUGUGCUUGGAAGAGGGAAGGUUGUUUAUAGGUGAAACCUCAAACUGACUUUAAGGAAUAAAGAAGAUUGUCAAACA